UUCAAUUUUAUCCAACACAUAAAAAUCGAAUAGGAAAAUAGCAAUAAAUAUUAUAAAUAUCCGGACAUUCCAGAUAUAAUCUAUUGAAAAUACGAAUUUUUUAGUCGAAAUGAGAGCAGUGUUUGGUUUUUUCAUUCUUGUUAUUGUGACUGUAGUGGUCCCCUCCCAAUCUUUCGUGGAGAUCCUGGACUAUUUGAGAAAUGACAAAUGCAGUAUUCCAGAAUUGCAGUUUUCCGAAGAUGAAAUGAGUAAAGUAACGAACCUGGAAAUAUUUAAGAGAAGAAUCCGCUGCGCACUCGUUCAACAAGGAUUCUUAACGAUGGAUGGAGACUUCAGAACAGACAUGAUAAGGCAGAAUCUCUACUUGGGGGAACCAGAAGUUAGAGAAGAGCUCAUAAAGGAAUGUGUCCAUAAGAUGAACACGCCAGACGACACAGCAUACGAGGCCUUGGUCUGUUUUUUCAGACAGGAAAUUUCGAGGAGAGAAAUGAACCAAAAUGAUUCCCAGAGUACAACAUCACUCCCCUAAGAGAUCAUAUAUUAUAAUAAUAUAGUAGAUGCUUAACACGAAUAAUAGAAAAUGGAAAUCUGAAUUAGAUUCAUCUGGAAUUUGAAUGAUGUCUUGACGUAAUUUUUAUAAUCGUAAAUAUAGGCAUACAUGU